CUCGGAAAGACCUCUUCCUAGACCUAGGGAGAAUUAGCGGUCCAUUCCAAGUGAAGGAGAUAAGUUCGCGGUCCACCCAGAAGGACUCCUCUUUUUAGUCGGUCCAUUGUUCAAAAAAAAAAAAAGAGUGAAAGGAGGACCGAUCUUCCACAGAGGACCGCAUUUAUCAGCCGGUCAUACAGGAGGACCGAUUUCUUGCUCAGGGGCCGCUAUCUCCCGUUGGUCCGCCUUUUUCAUCAAGUAAAGGUUUCCAACUGUUACUAUGGGCAAAAAUCGGUCCAAGAGGAAGAGAAUUGCUGCUAAGGCGCGAACCAACUUGGAAGGGAAAGAGAAGCUUUCAUCCGAGGAUCUCAGACACCAAAUAACUCUCUCCCAAUCCAGGCGUGAAACACAAGACAAAUCUGGUGAACGCAGUUUCCACUCUAAAGCCCCUAAGAGUUCUCAUCCAAAGAAUUCCCAGGCAGCAGCAGAAAAAUUUGACACCAACUCCCCCAUAGUCCGAAAGUUGAUCGGGUGGCUCAACAAGGAAGGAGAGGCCCGGUCCCAAGGGACCGGGAGAGAAACAGGUCAAGGAGAGGAUGAGGAGGUGGAAAGUCAAGGGCGCAUAUCAGUACAUAAGAGGAUGCGCAAAAAUGCGUCCCAAAGGUUGGGACCCAGAACUGAGGAAUCUGGAGAAAAUUCUGGGGGGCACGACAAUGAAGAUGCCGGAGACAUCCUCAAAUUGAGAAAAGAAAUGGAGGAACUAAAGAGGCAGGUUGACAAGGACGGGUCUUUCGGGCCCACAGUAGAGAUAAUUUCUCCCUUUACUGCCAGAGUGAUGAAAGCUCAACUGCCCAGGGGUAUGAAAGCCCCUGAAAUCCGUUAUAAGGGAGUCACCGAUCCCAAUGUUCACUUGGCUGCGUACCAAACUCACAUGUUGAUGCACGCCAUGGAGGACGAGAUCCAAUGUCGCCUCUUCGUAGGAACCUUGGAAGGGCCGGUCGUAAAAUGGUUCCUCACUCUUCCUAAUGGGACCAUUGAUUGCUUCAAAGAUCUUGCUCAACUUUUCCUCAACGCCUAUGGAGGAAGGUUCCAGCCAAAAAAGCACUUCACCCAUCUUUUCUCCCUAAAGCAAAAGGAGGGAGAGACCAACAGUGAAUUGGUACAAAGAUGGAAUGAAGCAAUCAAUGAGGUGGAGCCUAUGGACGAUAAGACUUCCAUUGCUCUGUUCAUGAAUGUUCUCAGGACUACCCCAAGGAGGGCCACAGGGGAGACUCCCUUUGCCUUGGCUUAUGGCUUUGAGGCAAAGGUACCUACGGAGGUCUUGGUCCCUAGCACAAGGGUGGAAGCAUACACUCCAAGCCUCAAUGAGCAAUUGAUGGAAGUGGACUCCCAUUUCAUUCAAGAAAGGAGGGACGACGCGGCAGUAAAGGCGGAGGAGUACCAACGGCAAUCCAAGAGGUAUCAUGACAAAAAAACUGUACUUCGGACGUUUGAAGUAGGGGAUUGGGUCCUACGUAAAAGGGAGAAAAGUCAGCCCACUAAAGGAGGAAAAUUAGCCCAGAACUGGGAAGGACCGUACCGUGUGGAGAAGGUGGUGCGUACAGGCACCUAUCAGUUGGCUACAUCGGAAGGGAAGGCAUUGGACAAUUAUUGGAAUGUGGAGCAUCUCAAAAAAUUCUACCAGUAAAAGCUACAUGUUCAAAGUUCCGUCCUCCCAUAAUUUUUCAAGCCUCUUUUUCAAAGUUUUCUUUUUCCCUUUUGUUCAAAGAGAAUGGAUUGUACUGUGCUUAAUAUGAAGAAGAAAUUUCCCAUUCAUCAUCAAUUGUUCCGGUCCAUGAGAUAAGUAAAAAAAAAAUCAAUACAAAUGCACAUG